AACCCCAGUGGGCCCUCCCCAUGGCAUAUCCCAGAGAGACCCUCAGAGAGGUCGCUGUAGGGUCAGUCCCAGUUCCUCGUAGUGCAAGCCGCCCCUCGCCCUCCACCAACAUCUGCCCAUCACCCCACCUAAGACUGGAGGGGGCUGGACCGAACCCGCACUGGGAAUCAGAAAACUUUGCUCCUGGGGGCCCGUCACUUAGCUUCUCUCAUCCUCAUCCAUAAAAUGGGCGGAAGGAUCCCUGCCCUCCUUCAUUUACAGAGAAGGGGGUCACAUGUCCUUCCAGGAACCUGGAUUGACCUGGGGGUGGGUGUCUACUCCCAGCACUGUUGAGCCCAUCUUUCCCAGACCAGUCCUGGCCGCUCUUGCCAAAGGAAUCUGACACUACAACUCCCUCCUCCAAACCUCAGUUCCAACCCUGUGUGGUCAGAUAAUCCCCAAUGCACGGACUUCCUUCAGGAUCCAGGUCAGAGGGGAUCCCAGUCUCCCUCCAGCCUGGGACCCCAGGCUUUCAGUCUGCCCUGGAGGUCAGUCUGGAGACCAGUGCUGUUAUGACCAUCCCAAGGCUGGCCACCCACCCCCUCUUUUCUUCUCUAAGGACAGGGGCAGAGUGGACGGUAGCUCUCACCCUCUCUAUAUGGGCAGCUUCUGGCUGAGUCAGGGUCUGUCCGACAUCUCUUACCCCUUACUGUUUGUUUGGCCUGGUACCUGUCCUCUCAUCUGAUCAGGUGGUUAAAAAUAGCUACCAUUUAUUGAGUACUACUAUGUAGACACUUAGAUGCAUUUUUGUCAUGUAAUCCUGGCCACAACCUAGCAGAAGAGGUGUUAUUAUGUCCAUCCUACAGAAGAGGAAAGAGAUUCAGAUUUGAAUCACUUGUCCAAAGCUCCAUGGAUGGUUGGGUGUUUAGUAACAUUUAUUAAGUGCUUACUGUGUACCACUUAGUACUCUGCUAAAUAAUUUUACUACAUUAUACCUAUGAAAUGAGCACUAUUAUUAUUCCCCAUUUUUCAUAGGGGAGCCGAAGCCUCAGAAAGUUCAAGUAACUUGUCCCAAAUCUCAUAGCCCUAAGUGGUAGAAGCAGGAUUUGAAUCCGGGUCUACAUGAUCCAGAGACCACAACCUGACCUCUGUGCUGUACUGUGCCGCGUUUGCAUUCUGUCUGAGAUCCUAAAAUCCAGACUUGAUGCUACAACCCAGCGCUGUGAAGUGAUGCGGAUGAAAGUGCCUUGUGGCAGUUAAGGGGCAACCCAGGAUGAGCAGCUCAGCCUGGUCCUCUGCUGUAUGGUCCUCUGCCGAUGUGCAGAGCAAGGCACUUCCAGCCCCAUGACAGUCACUGCUGUGCUGAGCCACUGCUGCUGCUGGGAGCCGGUUAUAUCAAUCCUUCAGGUGUGCUGGGGAGAAAGGGAUUGACAUCCACCUUCUGAGCACACCUCUACUCUGCUUCUCCCCAACUAGGGCUAAGCCUACAGCAAACAGAUGAUUUCUAAACAAACCCGCAUUUGGGCAGCAGGUGAUGACAGUUGCAGUCUGUUCAUGCAACCCCCGCUUGCUCUUUUUCCUCUUUUGAGGGACCUACCUAACACCAAACAACAGCAGAAAUAAAAUGACCAAGUGAGGAUUUCUUACCAGCAAUUUAAGCUGAUCAAGACAUACCUGGUGAUUCUGGGCAAGAAACCUGACAUCCCUGAGCUUCCGUUUCCCUAUUGGAUUGUCGUGAGGACUAAAUGAGAUCAACCGUCAAAGUUCGGUACUUAGCACAUAAGUAUUACUCAGAGGAGGUUAACUCUUAUUACUAAGAAUUUCACAGUGGUGAGUUAAUAUUUGAAAUUAGUUUAGCAUUUGUGAUUUCUGGCUUACAACUGUGUUGCUUCAGUCAGCAGGAGAUCUUUCAAGAAGUUUUGUUAGACAUGAAAGGAGUCCACCAGUCCCCAGGAGUCUGUCUGUGGUAGAGUCAGGUCUCAGGGCGAAUCAGCCAGGGUCAGCUCGGAGUUGGGACUGGUCUGGACUCAGCACCCUCUUGUACCUAAUCUUACGCCAGGCCCGGCUAGAAAUUGGACAGUCGCAGUUUGCCUCCACUACAUUCCCAGGAUUAGACCAGAGGCGGAUUCUGCAAAUGCUACCAAGCCCUCCCUGCACUGUUCCUGGGCCCCAGAGGCUGGACAUGUCCUGAACAAAGCCCGCGCCCUGCCCUCCCUCCGCCGUGUCUCUGAGUCCCUGGUUUCAGUGUUUAGCCUUGUCUGUCCCUUCUCCAGUAGAAGGGGGGAGAGGUCCCCGGGUAGGAAUUAGAGUCCCUGCCCCCUGCACUCCACUCCCACUCACCCAGCGGGGUCCUGCGCAGUGAAAUGAAAGCACGGGGACCAGUCAGCAUUGUGUAGGACCCACUUCUCAAAGUGUGGUACCCACACAAACUGAUCAGAAUUACCUGGGGACGUUUUUUAAAAUGCGUGUUUCUUACUGGUCCCAAUGGACUAAAUCAGAAUCUGGAGUGGGGGUGAGACCAAAGAACGUGCAUUUCUAAUGAAGCACUUCAGGUGCUUCUGCUGAGGAACUGUGUAGGUGAGAGGGUGCGCUGGAGCACAGAGAGGUGACAGCAUGGGUAGAGGGUUCUAGAAGGCUGCCGGCUGUCAUCCUAUUGUUACCCCCUUUUGCUUCUUGCUGCAUACGCUCUCCCUAGCUGCUCUCUGGGCAAAGACUGCCAAGGAUGGAUUCUCGCCCUUACCCCAGUGGGCAAAUUCGGCUUGUCUGGGGCUCCCUCUCCAGCCACCAGUCCCACUGUAGAGGGCUUGCCAGGCUCCCCACUGCCUUCUGGGAGGGGCAAGAGGCAGGAGGUCAGGCAGAGGCUGGGGACACAGCUGCAGCAGCCCAGGGCUCCGUUUCCUCCCCCAGCCCUGGGCCUCUGGGGCAGAGGAAGCCCAGGCAGGAAGGCCAGAGCUGCCACCAGCCAGAGAGGCCCACGAAGCGCCCCCCUCAUCCCCCCACGAGUCAUCCUGCCCUCAGAGCCUCAGCAUCGUGGAUCUUCAUUUGGCACCGUUCUUAGACUAGGGGCCUUCUGCAGCCUAUGUGGCCAUGUGCCCAGCCCUACCAGCCUUACCAUGUCAUGCCAGAAGACACUCCCCCUCCCUCGUGGCAGCUGCCCCUACCUGGGGAUCCAGUCCCCAGGCACACACCUGCAUACUCUCCACCAUUCAGAAAGUCCUUCUUGCUGUCUGACCUCAGUCCUUCUUGCUGCAGCCUCAGCCCUAAUCUUCUCAUUCUAAACCUUGGAGAAAUGAAGAAGGAUGUGGCUUCUGAAGCACUGGAUGGUUUGGGAGCUGAGAUGGGGACUGUUAUAGGUCAGAAUUACUCCCCUAGUGCUCUCCACCAAACUUCUGGAAAAGUUCAACCAGCCACAGAAGGUCAAACAUUCAACAUCUAAGUAUGUUUCACUUCCCUUCGACAUCACUGGCCCUACCCCCACUCUUUCCCAGGACGGCAAGGAGAGAGAAGGGGGCCGGGGAGUGGCUCAGAGAGGGCGUCUUAUACUCUGAUGAGGGUGCAGAGAGGUUCCUUCACACCUGGCACAGCCCAGCACUGUCCAAGCUUUGUAUGGUUGUUACAACCCUGAGGGCUCAGACGUGGGCUGCCACCCUGGAUUGCGAUAUGGAGUAGAAAGACACUGGACCGGGGGUCUGGACACCCGGGUGGUACUCCCGGUAUUGCCACUGAAUCCUGCCUGACCUUGCACAAGCCUCCUCUCCUGACUGAGCCUUAAUCCCCAACUUCUCUAAAAUAAGAGCUGGCCUUCGUGAUUCACACGGUUUCCUCCUAGGACUCCAUCAUGGGGGUGCCCCAGCCCCGGGCGGCCCCUGCAGACCCUGUGGCCACUCCAGCCUGCCCUGAGAAUAUGUCCUGCUCCCUGCUUGGACCAUGACCUUGGACCCUCCCAGGAGAACCCUUCUGAUGCUACUGACGGCCUUGGGCCUGACCCAGGGCGACCCCGUGAAGCCCUCUCGGGGCCCGCUGGUGACCUGCACGUGUGAGAACCCGCACUGCAAAGGGCCUACCUGCCAGGGGGCCUGGUGCACAGUAGUGCUGGUGCGGGAGGAGGGCACACACCUCCAGGAACAUCGGGGCUGCGGGAACCUGAACCAGGAGCUCUGCAAGGGGCGGCCCACCGAGUUCUUCAACCACUACUGCUGCUACAGCCCCUUCUGCAACCACAACGUGUCCCUGGUGCUGGAGGCCACCCAGACUCCGCCAGAGCCGCCGCAAGAAGAUGGCCAGCUGCCUCUCAUCCUGGGCCCCGUGCUGGCCUUGCUGGUCCUAGUGGCUCUGGGUGCCCUGGGCCUGUGGCAUGUCCGGCGGAGGCAGGAGAAGCAGCGGAGCCUGAACAGCGAGCUGGGCGAGUCCAGCCUCAUCCUGAAGACAUCCGAGCAGGGGGACAGCAUGCUGGGGGACCUCCUGGACAGUGACUGCACCACCGGCAGUGGCUCAGGGCUCCCCUUCCUGGUGCAGAGGACAGUGGCGCGGCAGGUGGCUCUGGUGGAGUGUGUGGGAAAGGGCCGCUAUGGCGAGGUAUGGCGGGGCCUGUGGCAUGGUGAGAGUGUGGCCGUCAAGAUCUUCUCCUCGAGGGAUGAACAGUCCUGGUUCCGGGAGACUGAGAUCUACAACACGGUGCUGCUCAGACACGACAACAUCCUAGGCUUUAUCGCCUCGGACAUGACUUCCCGCAACUCAAGCACGCAGCUGUGGCUUAUCACGCACUACCACGAGCAUGGCUCGCUCUACGACUUUCUGCAGAGGCAGACGCUGGAGCCCCAGCUGGCCCUGAGGCUAGCCGUGUCCGCGGCCUGCGGCCUGGCACACCUGCACGUGGAGAUCUUCGGCACGCAGGGCAAGCCGGCCAUCGCCCACCGCGACCUCAAGAGCCGCAACGUGCUGGUCAAGAGCAACCUGCAGUGCUGCAUCGCGGACCUGGGCCUGGCUGUAAUGCACUCCCAGGGUAGCGACUACCUGGACAUCGGCAACAACCCGCGCGUGGGCACCAAGAGGUACAUGGCCCCCGAGGUGCUGGAAGAGCAGAUCCGAACCGACUGCUUCGAGUCCUACAAGUGGACGGACAUCUGGGCCUUUGGCCUGGUGCUGUGGGAGAUCGCCCGCCGGACCAUUGUCAAUGGCAUCGUGGAGGACUACAGGCCACCCUUCUAUGAUGUGGUACCUAAUGAUCCCAGCUUUGAGGACAUGAAGAAGGUGGUGUGUGUUGACCAGCAGACCCCCACUAUCCCCAACCGGCUGGCUGCAGACCCGGUCCUCUCAGGCCUGGCUCAGAUGAUGCGGGAGUGCUGGUACCCAAACCCCUCUGCCCGCCUCACUGCGCUGCGGAUCAAGAAGACACUACAGAAGCUCAGCAACGGUCUCCAGAGGCCCAAAGGGAUUCACUAGCCACAGGCCUGAAGCCUGACUCCCCUCCGCCUGCAGUGUGUGUGGUGGGCAGUGGAUGGUGGCCUGUCUGGGUAGAGGUUCUGUGAGUGUGUGUGCUGGGGAGGGGAGUGCCCCUCCGUGGGCAGCUGUGCCUGCCCAACUCGGCCCCCAGCCCAUCCAGCCAAAAAUACAGCUGGGCUGAAACCCGAUCCCCGCACCCGCCGCGCGCGCCGUCUGGCCUGCUCAAAGCAGCAGGCUCCCUGACGCCGGGUUCCCCCCCACCCCCCCGCCUCCCACACCCUGGGUGCACCCCCCUACCACCCCCAGGACCUGAUGCAAAAGAGGCCUCAGAGCCAGGGUGGCCUGCACUUUACCCCCUGCUGUCAGUCAACCCCACUGCCCCACCGGAGCUGCCAGGGUGGCACAGGGCCCCAUCCAGCCUUCAGUAGACACCCUGCCCUGCCAGGCUUUAGCCUCUGUCCCAAGCCUCAGACACCCAGGCCCAUGGGUUUUUCUCCGUGGGUUUGUAUCUCAGCUCCAGGCCGCCUUGGGCCUCUAUCUCCUAGACAAGACCCCUGCUAGCUGAAUGCUAGCUGCCCGAGAGAGCGGGGGACCUGAUCCUGGGCCCCUGCUCCACUCCCCUCCUAGCUGACUUACUGUGGCGUUAAACCCAAGGAGUCUUGCUGCGGGCGUGGCAGAGUCAUAGGCCAGUGGAGAGGUGGCAGGUCAGAUGGGCAAGGCCCAGGACUUUCAGAAUAAACUGAGAGGAUGUUGGAGCCAAGCAUGGCUGUCGGGGAAGGGCUCAGCUGGGAGUCAGGAGACCCAGGGUCUGGUCCGGGUGCUUGCUCUACAGGACAAGAAGGAGGGCUUCGCUGGCCCAGGACCUUUGUUUCUUUAUCUACAUAUUGAAAGAUUUGUAGAUGAAGAUUUGGUCCUGAUGUCUUUUGAGGUGUUUUUCAGCUCUAAAGUUCUUUGAAAUGUUUAGCCUGUGUCAGAACUCAGUUCAUCAGUCCCUUGUACUCAUUGUGCCCCAGCCCCUGGCAAUUUGCCUCAAGAUGGAGAUUUGAAAAUAACUUUAGCUGAGGCCAAGGGUGUCUGAAAUGCCUCCUAGUUUAAUUCCACGAGCUCCAGUUCCGGCCGUAACGCAUGCCUGUGGCCAUCCUUGGGCUCACACAGCCCUGGGCCUUCUGGCAGGCAAGCCAGCCCCUCGCCUGCUCUAUAGCUUCGCCUUCUCUGCCCAGGGCUGAGAGGGGCCAGGGGCCAGCUUCCUGCAGGGCCUCAAGGCUCAGAAGAAAUCUGGCUCCAGCCAGCAAGCCUGCAGCACCCAGGUUCCUGCUCCCCACUGGCCCCUGGCCCAGGCCCACACCCUUGGCCGGGCCCCAGAGAGUGUGUGUCUAGGAAGAACCUGGUGGCUGGAGAGAAACACAUGGAAAGUUCGGCGUUUGGAAAUAUCGAGGGUGUAUGUCCAUGCGCUGAGGAGGUUACCCUGAAUCCUAGGCGGGUAGAUGGGCUGGAGGGUGAUGGGGCUGGAGGUGGGGCCUGAGUGUUGGUGGGGAACAGAGCUCAGGCUAGGGACAUGACAGCCCCAAGCUUGGGAAGACCUGGCCUCACAGCCCUCAGCCUGGGACAGGGUGGAGAAGGACCUUCAGUUGUCCACAGGAGAUUAAGGAAACACAGCCUCCUUCCCCUCCUGCUGGAAACGCCCCAGCACAGCCUCCCUGGCCGGCUUCUCGGCUUCUCGAGUGUUUCUUCCUUCCACCGUCAGAGAGGCACCUUCCCAGGCUGCCUCCCAGCAUUGUGCAAGGCCCGGAGGAGAACCAGGAAGUGAAACUGGGUGAAACAGAAAGCUACAUGGACCUGCCACGUUCCCACGUCGUCGUGGGUCACUCUGCUUCCCGAUAGUGUCACGUCUUCUGGUCACUGGAACCCACCUAGCCCAGGAAUCAGGACACUCCUCAAGGGUUUUAUCUCCACUGGAUUUGGGGGUUAAAAGUCUCCUGAGACUCCACAGCCAGAAACUGAAGGCAGCAGCUCACCAAAGGCUGGAAAAUCCCUAAGAGGAGAAGGUCUGAGGCAAGAGGUGGAGUGAUGGGGGAGGGUUGAGGGAAGCGGCCGGGGUUGGGAGUACAGCUGUGGCCAGGGAGAGGAGGAGGCAUUGGUGAGAGCGGUCUGCAUAAUGCUUCUGAGUUCAGGACGGUGUUCCAAGGCCGAAAUUACAGUCUCUUAACCUGGAGAUACUCUUCGUGGGAGCAUUUAGCUCGUGCUUAGCACACAGUAGGUCCUUAAUAAAGCAUGGUUGAAGGUCCGGA